AUGCGAAGGCUCGUAUGUCAUGAUGCGAUAGUAAGGUUCUACACUCCUUUCAAUUUGCCAUUCAGAAGCUCGAAGUACUUUGUACUUGAUGAGGCUGACCAAAUGUUGGAGGAUACUUUUGAACAACAGUUAGCUUUCAUAAUAACAAAGUUGCAUCCCAACAAACAGACCUUCUUAUAUUCAGCUACCAUGACACAGAAUGUUGAUAAAAUACGAAAGGUAUGCACCCAGUCACCAGUUAUACUUGAAGUCAGUUCAAAAUAUAGCAAAGUUGACAAGUUGGAUCAUGCAUUUGUUUUUAUUCCGGAUAAAGAAAGGGAUUUUUACCUUAUAUAUUUACUAUUAUUGUCAUCUAAGAGCGCAGACAAUAGUCGAUCGAUUAUAUUCACAAGCACAUGGAGAGAAUCGUUUCGUUUAGUGGCUAUGCUUAAAAGUUUGGCCGAUGUAAUUGGUGCUAGUUCUGCUCCACUUAAUGGUGUUAUGCAGCAGGAUAAACGCCAAUCAUCUUUAUUCGACUUUCGUACAGGUCGUGUUUCAAUACUUGUAGCUACCGAUCUGGCCUCCAGAGGGCUAGACUUUCCAGAUGUUGAUCUUGUUAUUAAUUACGAUGUCCCACGUCGGCCAUCGUGGUCUGAUUCUGCAAAAGCAUACAUACAUCGAGUAGGAAGAACUGCUCGUGCUGGACGACACGGACGUGCUAUUACAUUUGUUACUCCUUAUUCAGUUACACGUUUGAAAGCUAUAGAGUCAGCUUUAAACGAAAGAAUUCCUCAGUUACCUUGGCCUGGAACAGAUUGCUUGAAUUCACAGUUAAGACAACAAGUAGUACAAGCUGACAAAGAAGCUCGUGCGAACCUACGUAUCAAGGAAAAGCAGAAACAAAUAAAGAAAAAAAGGAAAGAUUCAGCAAACAAUAACAGAUUGCCAAAAACCAAACGAUCACGUCAAAGUAAAGAAGUGGAUUCGGAAGAGACAAACAGUGAACCAGAGUAG